CGUUCCUUAAGAAAAAUGUAUCUCGAUAAGAAUAGUCCUGAGUAUCAGUAUGCUACGAAAGGACACCGGAUCCCCCUUCUGUUCAAUUAUGAUUUGGACAGUGAGAUGGCAGACGUCGCUCAAGCUGAGACUAAGAGAAAAUCUUCCUUAGGCAAGCGUUCGCACACAGCAAAGACACCGGGUACGAGGAAGAAGAAGUCCAAGCUUCAAGUCGUUUCAACAGGAAAAGAAAGAAUAACUUUGACCAUCGCGAGAGUAAAAACGGCCAGCGAAUCGGACUUGGAAAACUUGAACAAAACUGACUUGGAAAAUGUGAACAAAACUGACUUGGAAAAUGUGAACAAAACUGACUCGGAAAAUGUGAACGAAAUUGACUUGGGAAAUGUGUCAGCGUCUACACAGAAAGAUGAAGAACAAGAAGCAGAAAUGAUGGCUCAGCCCAUACUUGAGGAUAUCGCCAGCACAGACAACAGUGAAUGCACCUUUGUUUUUCUGAACUACGACCAACAGUUUUUGAACACACAGCAAGAGGAGAGGAGAGCCCCAAAAAGAUCUUUGAAAGAAGAAGCCCAAACUGAGCCUCCAGAGAAGAAAAUGCGUGAACUGAGUUAUGAGAGUAUUGAGAGCAACAUUUUCCCAAAAGAUGAGCUGACAGUUUUCCGACAGAUAUGCGAAGCGCAUUACUUGCGGUCGCCCCACCUGUCCUCGUCCUUUCUGGACUUCGACGCUAACGAAUUUGAAGAAAUGACAGAGAAACUCUUUGGAGAAAGCCUAUUUGACAACUCAGAAAGUGAAGGGGAAUUGUUGCCGGACGAGCCAACUGUGGAUUUAGCAAAAAUGAUGGAUUAUCAUGAUGUUACACUGGAUUUCUCUCCGUCUAUGCUACUCUGUGAAGCGGAUUGCAACAACUGUAAAGAAAAGAUAGAAAAGGCCCCUCAGUUGAAGGAUCCAUUCAUGGGGUCUACUGUGGACCGAUCAUUAAAUGAUGGAGGCAGCUCUGCUGGUGCUUCUAUGUUGGGACAAAUCAUGUGCCCCCUGGAGGAACAGAACGCCCAGCAACAAACACCUCAGCCAGAGGUGUUCAGUGCCUGGAGUCACACCAGCAACACUGACGAGUACCAUGUCUUCACAAAAAGCUCGUUCUCCGGACUUGAUUACCCAGAAGAUGAUGAACCCGAAGGCUUGACCUUUCCAGAUACGUCAUCUACGUACUCAGACAGUGGCCUCCCAGGAGACGACAGUGAUGUUGACAUUGAGACAGUUACGGAGACUCCACGAUCUUGUGGAGAGUACUCAAGCUCUGCUUCCCCCUCUACUACUCCAUCGCCAUCUUCGAGCCCUAAGAAAGACAAUUUUCUGAAAAUAUCAAAACUUAUAUCGCAGUCCACGUCAUCUAAAUCACUGCUCAGAGUCAACUCAUCACAGGGUGUCUCCAGUUCUGCCUCUCUCGCCGAAAACCUCAUGGCGGGACGUUCAAACACUAUAUCUGGACAAAAGCGCAAGCUGCAGAAAGAAAAGAAGUCGUCAAAAUCCCCUCAGCAACAAUCUGCACCCACACACGUUCUUGCGAACAGUAACAGCGUCAACUUCCACGACUAUGCCAUGAGCCCCGGGUCAAAUCUUUCUUUGACUGAAACUGGCAGACCAACUGUCAUGGCCAAACGGACCCACAGCAGGAAACGUAUGGCAAACAACAUCGAUAUCUCCGACAAAGAGAAGCAGCACCAUCACAACCAGCUGGAAAGGAAUCGCAGACAGAAGCUAGCAGAUUUAUUUGCAGUCCUCAGAGUAGAACUUCCAAAGAUCAGGCACCAUGCUAAAGCCUCUAAAGUUAUGGUUCUCAAUGAGGGUACAAAUUACAUCAAAGAAUUGAGAAGACUCGACUCUCAACAAACAGAUGAGAUAGAAAGUUUGGUACAAAAGCGGUUACAUCUUGAAAAGCAGCUCAGACUUUUGGAGGCUCAACGAUCAUGAAUGCAUUAGAGACAAUUCAGUUUGUGUUCCAGGUCUAUGCAUUUUAUAAAAACAUGUUUGUAUAAAAGACCGCUUUUAGACUGAUACUAGUUAUUCGUGUGAAAGGACUAGUGCUGUGGAGUACUGAGUGACUUGAAAGUUUUUGCAGUGCAGAAAACUGACUGGUGCCAAUGUGUUCAGUGAAAUUCGUGGAUGGCUUUUAGGGUUUAAUCCUCCUGACAGUGCAAUGAAAGUGCGGAAAAACAGUAUUGACUAUAUGGAAAACUGUGUGCAUGGAGCAAGUGUGUUUAUCCGGAAUGCUUGCUACUGGGUGCAUGGUUGGUGUGCUUUAACUGAUAUAUGAAUGGAGGAAAGCCUGGCAUAUGUUUUAAGGGCAUCUCCUCAUCCUUGAAAUCAUGGGAGGAUAUUCACUUGGACAUCUCGGAUUAUCACUACGAUUCACCGUCCAGGGGCAAAUGUUUGGUAAUGUCAUCUGCUUAUGAUUUUUUUUCACUCCCAGUUCUUGUAUCAUUUUAUACUGCAACGUUCAUUUGAAUAUCCUCCUAUGUUUCAGUCUCUGCCUCUUACAUACACAUUAUCAUUUCUUAUUUCAUUUCAAAGGGUCCAAAAUUGUAUCACCAAAAGAUGUCUCAGAUGUUUCAACUCUCAUAUUAUGGAAUUCAUUAUCCUGUACAUUUCUGGAAAUUAUUAUUUGAACACUUUCACUUGUACUGCUGAAAACAAUUUUGUGUUAAAGACUUGACAAGAGGCGGUCGAGCGGGGAAUUAGUUUUGUCCUGUUGUGUGUACUUGUUGAGGUUUUUCCCCAUGAUUAUACAUGUCAUGUAAAUGUUAAUACACAUGUAAGCACUUUUGUACUAGCACAAAUAGGAAAGGGUUAAAGAUGUCCCUUGCAGGUAGUUGCAUAUUUAUAAAGUGUGCGGUGGUUGCGCAUUAUUUUGAAUAAUCUUUUUGAGUUUCUGUCGUCCUCCCGUUUCCCCUGAGAUCUCAUCUCACCCUACCGAUCCUGUUUCCAUUGUCCCUGACAGAUGUACAUGUAUAUUUGUGUUUUUGUGGUGCCGUUAAUCUUUUAAAAACAAUGCAAUGGUUUGAUAGCUUGUUCCACCCUUUUGUGUUUUUUUUUUUGUUGUUUUUUUUUUGGGGGGGGUCCUACAUGAAUGGUUCUACUAGAUGGUCCCUUGAAAGGAACCGAGGAAGUAAGACCCUUGCAGGCAACACGACAUAGUUCUGGGGGCUUUUUUCUUUCUUUCUUUCCUUUUUUUAAAAAUACCUUUCCUUUCAUGGUGUUGUAUCCUUUCCUUGCAGAGGUUUCUGGUUUUAACAAACGCUUCACAAUGUGUUCUGGUUUUGAAUCUGCCUUGCAUUUGCCUUAUUUCCGAGUGUAAUUUGUACGUUUUCCCCAGUUUUGUACAUGUGUGCGUUACUUUGGCUAGAAACACUUGAUGUAGUAUUGGUAAUUAGAGGAGGGGGGGAAAAACUUCUGUAUUAGAAGUUAAUGUUACCGAUGAAUGUACUGUGGGCCUUUCUUUUUCCCCAAGGCACUUUGUCCUUCCCAUAGUUUUUGAUUUUGUGGAAGCGCUUGGGAAUGAAUACAAUCCUAGUCCAUUAGUCUUUGAAAGAUGUAAAGGAUGUGGUCCCAAGUGCUUGGCAGCAUGAGGAUGUAAUGGGCUUGCUGCACCUGAUAUUCAUCUUGACCAAUUGCACAAGUUUUUAAUUUUCUUUUGAUGACCACAAGCAAAAUGUUUUGUCAUAGUUCUUGCUUUAUUUUCCAGUAAUGGCAUUACACUCACACUGUCUACUUGGGCUUUUAUACUAAUUUGUCUUUUGCUCUGGUUUUAGGGUCCAGGUACUUUUUAAAGAAAAAAAAAGCUCAUAGUAUGCAUUUAAUUUUGUUUAACCCCCCCUCCCCCCCCUUUUAUUUUGGCAUUAGCAUUGUGGACUAGUUCCCAAGACAGCAGGAACAUAGCACAUAGAUGAACAUUUGUUGUACAUGUCAUGUAUUAUUUGGAGUUUGAUUUGGCCAAAGAUUGUGGUUUUCUGUAUUGUAACUGUGUGGUCUGCAUCUGUUACGUUGCAAGUUUUUGUGUAUACUGUGACAUAGAUUUCCCCCAUCCCCAUGAGCGCAUAGAUUUGUAUCCUGUGCUAAGCUACCAGAUAUGAAAUGAAGGUGGGCUUUUACUGGCGUUAUGACGUUUUUUAGACUCGCCUAUAUUUUAUUUGUUUGGUUGGCCAUUUUUUAAAGUUAGAUCACUUCAUAACUUCCUUUUUAUUUUUCACCAUUGUCCAAACUUAAUUUGCUUUCAUGUACAAUUACCUUGGGCAAUUUAUCCUUCCAUUUUUUUUUUUUGUUCUUGGAAAGUAGCUUUUAUAAAUUCUAUAAAAUGUCUUAGUUUCUUUUGUAAACCUGAAAAUGAUAGUAGUAAGAUAUUUAUCAUUUUAAGAGCAGCAUUUUCUUUUUUUAUUCUUUCCGUUAUAUAUUUUUGCCAAAUAAAAUAUAAAAUGCUUCAA